AUGUCAUCUCACAAUACUGUUGCUGUUGAAAGUCCAAUUUUCUCAGAUACGACUGAAAUUUCUUCAGACGUUGAGCACAGUCAUCAAAUAUCAGGAAAACCCCAAACUGAAGGUAUCAGCAAACGGCGAUCAGUUGCCUGUAAAGCGUGUCAUGCUUUAAAAGUGAAAUGCGUUCCUGGUGAUCCUAAGAAUCAGUUGGGUACCUGUGUUCGGUGUCUUAAGGCUAAUAGAGCUUGUGAGUUUGAUCUGACGCAGUCCAGGAAAAAAAAGAAGCCCUCGGGACCAGGCAGCUCUAUCUCUAGAUUUCGGCUUCUGGAAUUCAGAUUAAAGGAACUACAGGACCUUUUGGAAUUAAAGAAUAAAACCAUCGAUCAACAGGCCAAAACAAUUGCCAAACAACAACAUAUGAUGAUAAGUCCGGAUGUUUUGAACGAUGACUCUCGGCGCCAAAUUUUGCAAACUCCGCCGUCGACGGUGAAUCCCAAUUCGCAAUCUUACACAACUACUGAUAAGUCUGAGAGUUUGUCGUCCGCUCAACGAUUUGAAAAGGAGAUCAGAUUUCUUGAAAGUGUUUCAAAAGAGCAAUCCUUGUGUUCUACCUCUGCCAUAGUGAACAUUUCUGAGCAAAGAAUUCGAAUGUGCAAGGCAAAUUUGAACUAUCGUGAAAACGACAUUAUUUCAAGAGGGUUACUGACAGAAGAACAGUGCGGUAGACUGUUUCAGAUGUUUUUGGAUAAGAUACUUCCAAAAAGCCCCAUUUUGCAAAUGCCUAGAGAUACAACUCUUGCAUCAAUGCGACAAAAGAAACCGCUUCUACUUCUAUCUUGUGUUUAUGUUGCCACAAUUUUAGAUGAAGAGCCAUGUUACAUUCCACUGGAGCUACAAUUGCGCAUAGAAACACUGGUGUUUGAAACUCUGAUUGGUGAGAUCCUUUUGAUAGGAGAAAAAAGUCUCGAGCUGCUUAAAUCGUUACUACUUUUGUGCAUAUGGUAUAUUCCACCCGAACUAUUUCAACAUCGAAGAUACCACAUGAUAAACUCCCUUUGCGUCUCAAUGUUACACGAUCUGGGUAUGACCGGAAGGCCUUAUUUCUUUUAUAGCAAAGAAGAAGGAGCUGUAAAGAAAAGGGCUGCUUGUGCUUUUGAAGACCCUGAAGAUUUAGAGAGCAAGAGUUUGUUGUUAUUGACAUAUUUCAAUUCGGUGUCGAUCUCGUUGUUUCUAAGAAAAAGGCUGCCCGUGCAAUGGACUGACUAUUGUGAUCAGUAUUGUAUUGAUUUGGAGGCAACAAAAAAGCCACGCUACAUUAUGGUUUCCAUUUAUUCUAGACUCAACUGCAUUCUCGAAAAAAUACACUAUGGAAUCAAUUCAACUGUGGAGCAACCAACGGCUAUAGAGCUAGACUAUGGAAUAAACAAGUACAUCACAGAAGAGAUUCGAAAAAAGCUCAAUACACUCAAGGGAAAGAUUAUAGAUUUCACGAAAGAUGAUGAACAAUCCUUUCAUUCAAUGAUGUCAUACUUUUUUUCAGUCCAGGCAUAUCUUCAUGAGCCAGCAUUGCAGGCCAUGUUUAGUUCAAAUAUGGCAGAAUUAGGAUCUCUUCCAGAUUAUUUGGCAGAAGCAAUUGAGUGUUCUACGGAAUCUUGCGUUCUAGCACUCAAACACUUUCUGCACUUGAAAGAAGAAUCUAUCACAGUGGAACCGUUUUUCCACUCAUCACGAAUAAUCUUCACCGCAGGCAUGUUGUUGAGAAUUCGCUAUCUGAGCAUCAGCAUUCCGGUUUUGAAUCAGUAUAGUUGCAUGACAGAAGAUACGAUGAAUGUUGUCAAAAGUUUGGCCUCGUUGGUUUAUCGGACAUCUCUGAAGUAUCCAAGGAACCACUUUUUGAAUAAGAUGCGGUUAGUGUUAUCUUUAUUCACGCAGACAUUUUUAUCGCAAUGCAAAUCUGCGUUCAAAUCUUUGCUACAAAAUAAGCCACCUUCAGGAGUUAGUGAAAAAUCUGGGGUCGAAUCGGCACAGCAUGCCUUCGUAAAUCCCUUUGGUAAUUCUCAUUACCCACCCGGAAAUUCGCCCAACGUAUCACACGAAGUGGGCUACUCUUCGCCUACGAACGUUCCCAAAGAAAAUGCGAACGCAUACGACCAAAAUGGAAAAUCUAGUGUUUCGUUAGAUUACGCUCCUGACGGUACGCCCGCAUCAUUGCCAGGAGAAACCACACAACUAACAAACCCCCAGUUCCAACAAAAUCUUCCUUCACCAGUGAUAGAAUCGCAGGAGGUACUGGCCCCACACAUACAACCAACACUGAAUUACUCUAGUGAAAAUAGCAUGGCAGACAACCUGGAGUAUCAAUACUGGGCUCUGAAUGACGAAUUUUGGAGUACACUAUUUGUCAAUAUUGAUGGAAGAAGUAACGAGCAAGAUCUAAACAAUUUUUACAUGAAUGAAUCGCUCAAUAAGCUUUAA